AGCUUUUGCUCUCUACUCUUUAAACAUUAACACUAAAAUCCCAGAAUCUGAGAGUGAGAAAAGUGGUCAAAGACCAAAAUGUUUUACUCGCAAUGUCUCGUGUCGGGAAAAGGACCUUUAGGAGCCAUUUGGGUCGCUGCGUAUUUCUUCAAGAAGCUUAAGAAAGCUCAAGUCAAAGACACUCAUAUUCCUUCUUCCGUUGACCAGAUCUUGCAAAAAGAGUUGGACGCCUUGACAUACAGGGUUUUAGCGUAUCUUCUGCUGGGUGUUGUUAGAAUAUAUUCCAAGAAGGUGGACUUUUUGUUCGACGAUUGCAACAAAGCGUUGAUCGGUGUAAAGGAGUUUGUGGCUAAGGAGAAGAACAGAGAAAACACAAAUGUACCAUUGCCUGGAUCUACGGGCUUUUUAUCCAUUGAUUUGCCUGAGUGUUUCGAACUAGAUGCUUUUGAUCUUGGGGUUUUGGAUGAUUUUCACGGGGGUAAUGUUAAGCCGCAGGAAGAUAUUACACUGAAAGAUGGAAGUCCAGAAGCAGAGACCAUGGACCAGUACUGUAUGGAAAGGUUCGACAUGGAGGAGGACCUCAUGGUUACCUUUCAUGAAACAUUCUUAUCUGAUCACAAUGAAACCAAUCAUGAGAGAUCCGCUCAUGAUUCAGAAAAUGUCAGAGAUACUACUGAAGAAGCAUCAAUCAGAGUCGUUGAAGCGGAACCAAUGGAUUCUAACGAGCCAUCCAUAGAUCAUCAAAGUGCAUCUUGGCAUAGGGAGGAUCCAGAAUCAGAUGAUAUGGUUGUGGAACCUCAAGUUUCUGAAGGUAUCAGAAGAGCUCAAGAAAAAGAAACAGUUAGAGAAACCAUAUGUACCAUUGUGCAGAGAGUAGAGGAUCCUCAUGGAUCCGCAGACGAUAAUCUACAUAGAGACGGGCACAGAGAGAAUUCAGAAUCAGAGAAAACCUCGGUGGAAACAAGUCUGGAAAAGAUGCGGCAUGACGGGUUCCUACCAUCUGAAUGCAAAAGUCCUGAAACGAUUCAAGGGAUUGAGGAACAACCUUCUGGUGCCACAAGAAUUGAUGGGGAGAAGGAGAUCCCCGAGAUGAGCACUUUAGAAGAACCAGAACCAGGAUCUAUGAGUGAAAUUAGAGACUUGCCUGAUGGCAUAGAGAAACAUCGAGGCCAUAGUGAUGGGGAAAUGACGGACUUUGAGAUGUUUCAUGGGUCUCAUAAGGAGCCAUAUGAGACUCCUGAAUUGAACACAGUUGGAAACAAUGGUACCGAGAAAGAUUUUCUCCUUGACAUGAAUUCUUCAGAAGAGGGGAGUAAAGGGUUUACUGCUAAAGAUACGCCAGUUCCUGUUACUCCCAAAGCACCUUCGCGGCUAAGAAUCUCUGAAGGGGAAACAAGCCAUCAGUUCUCGAUCAUUCCUACUCCGGCUGCAAAGGAGUCUGCUCGGGUUUCACGGAAGAGAAAAUGUGUAAUAGAUGACGAAGUGAUAAUUCCGAACAAAGUUAUGAAGAAAAUGAUAGAGGACCCAAGUACAUUGGUCUCCAAACGGAGAAAGGUUCCUCAUACUGACUAUCCUGAGAGAAGAAUCAAACGUCUUGCCGAUCCCUCAAGAAGUGUCUGGGACCCUUUGAUUCCAUAUGGUUCUUCGGACUUCCUGUCACUUUUUGGUCAACCCAUAAAGCUCAAAAAACAGGACACCACAGAAACUCCUAAGGGUACUAAAACCGCAAGGCGAAUGGAAAAUUCUUCUCGUGGAACAGUUGGAAGUCAUGGGGAUGUUUUUUCUUCAGAGCAGGCCGAUCAUGUUCGAGAAAUUAUGGAGACUCCUCAGGCUGCUGCUCUUGCUGAGCUGAAAGUUAUUAUUCCAGAGACUGUUGGAAAUAAUAAAGAGGUUUCAGCUGAGACGGGAGCUAGUUCCAUAGCUGCUAGUAUUGCUCACCAAACAGAGAUUGCCCUAGAGACGCCAGUGAAGCCUGUGGAGCCAGUAGAGAUUGCUCCGGAAACACCAGCGAGGACAUCAGAGCAAACAGAGAUUGCUCCAGAAACACCAGUAGUCUCUGAGCGAGUAGAGAUUGCUCCUGAAACGCCAGUGAGGGAAUCAAUGUCGAUAAGAUAUUUCAAGGACCCUGAAACCUGUGAACAAGAAAGGAGACCUGCAAGUUCCUUCACCUCCUUUGACGGGCAACCAUCAGAAUUUCGCGAGGAUAGAAGGGACCUUGAUGCAAUUUUGAUGAACGAGGAGCAGGUGAAUACACAUGCAACAGAGGACUUGCAACAAGAGACAUGGUCAGUAAGAACAAGGAACGUGGCGAAAUUCUUGGAAAAGACGUUUCUGGAGCAGAGGGAAAAAGAAAAAGAAGAAAAGCUUAGUUUGUUGGAGCUGUGCAGAGGAAGAACUCAGAAGGAAAGCGCAAGACUCUUCUACGAGACUUUGGUGUUGAAGACGAAAGGUUACUUGGAAGUGAAGCAAGAUCAUCCAUAUAGUGAUAUCCUUCUCACGCGAUUCACCAGACAACAAGAAGCUUGUUGAGAAGCUCUAGCUAGAUUUCUUCUCUCCAGUUUUAGGUUUUCUUAAGAAGUAUCUGUGAAUCAAAGUUUGUUGUCUCUUAGGAUCCAAGGAAUCUAACCCCUUUGCUUAGUUCUUUUAAGUUGAGUCUUUAGUAAGAAUGAUCAAUGAUCUGAAAAUAUAAAUGAAUAGAGUUUGGUUA